GUGCAUUGACCAAUCAACAGGCAGCGUAACAUUGAGCGCGGUCCGGAUAAUAAACAUCAUGGCGGAAGAUGCGGAGCCAGGGCAGAGUGAUUCUAAAGUGCGAGUGGAUCAGCUGCUUCAGCAAGUGGUCAAGCAGUCUACAAAGGAUGCCAUAGAUGCAAAGAAAAAGAAGAAGAAAAAGUCCAAAGGAUCCGAGCAGGAUGACAUGCUUGAGUUGUUACGGAAGGGGGAGGGGACGGGGCUACACAAAGACAGAGAUGAUGCCAUUGAUGCCAACACUUUUGACCCUGACAACUCAAAGAGUGAGAAGAGCAACAAGAGGAGACAGAGGCUGCAGGAAAAGGAGAACAAUGAGAGUGAUAAGGUGAAGAAAGAUGGUAAGACAAAGAAGAAGGUUCCCAAAACUCAGGACACAAUUGAGAUGAUUGAUGAGACCAAGGAGAAGAAACCAGUAGUGAAGAAGAAGAAGAAGAAAGUAGAACUACCGGUGGAGGAGGUUCCAGAAGAAAUACCCUCACCAACAGAGACCACGCCUAAGAAGAAGAAAAAAGCCAAGAAGUCUUCAGAAGCAGAGGAGACUAUUGAACCAAGCCCUGCUGGGCGGGAGGAGGAGGAACAAACAGAGACAACAGCACUUGUAUCACCCAGAGAUGGAAAGAAGAAGAAAAAGAAGAAGAAGCCUCCGGAUACAGAAGAAGAUCCUGAGGCCACAGCAGUGAAGACAGAGGAUGAGACUGAGGCAACAGCAGAAGAACCACCUACAGAUGAAACAUCACCCAGAGCUGAAACUCCUAAGAAGAAGAAAAAGAAGAAGAAGAAAGAAGAGGAUGAAAUAGUUGCUGCGACUGAGGAGGACGCGGUGGCGGCGCCUGAUGUGAAGGACAUUGAGGACAGGGGGCAGAUCCUGGGUCUGACCGUACACCGCACAGACAAGCUGAAGAAUGACUUCCACAUCUUGCAUCCCAUGAUCAGAGUACACAUGGUGGAUGAAUCCACGGGCACCUACCUCAAGAAACAGAAGGAGUCUCGAGCAGUCACAUCCUUCUAUGAAACCAAGAGUGAUAAAGUUAACCACAUUCUACCCAUCAUGACGCAGCCAUUUGACUUUAAACAAAGAAAGUCAACACUGCCAGUGUGGGAGGAACUCCUUGUUUUCAAUGAAAACUUCAACUAUAUUGUACAGAAAGACCUCAAAGUCAUUCUUUUCUUUGAACUGCUGGACUUCGUGAGUAUGAACACCGCCAGUCGCAAGUACAACAAUGAGAAGCAGGAAGGGGGCUGGCAUCGAAUUGCUUGGGGAUUUCUCAAGAUUCACGGCGGUAAUGACAAGCUGAACGUGGGCUCCAAGGUACGUCUUCAGCUGUUCCAGCCCCCGAACAGGUUCACCGUGAAACCAGAGAAGAUCGAACUGUACCAGUGGUGGUACAGCCUUCCCCGAGUAGCGUACCCCUCCACGCUGUAUGUCACUCUCAAGGGCAUCACCCCCCCAGACGAGGUGGAGGCAGCAGCCAGAUCUAUGUUUGCCACUCAAGAGGAGAGGGGGAGGAUGACCUAUGACGAUCUGAAGAAGAGCAUGAACUGGUCUUCCAAGAAAAAACUUGAAGAUCGCCGACCUAUGACGUCGUGGGCGCGUCUUUUUGGACAGAUGUGUCGAAUCCCCAACAACCUGAUGCUGUCGCUGCCGGCAGGGAGAAAGGGAUGCUACGUUCUCAAGUUCUCUCACGAUGGGAGGAACCUUGCAUGUGCCUGUCAGGACAAGGAGGGAUACCCUAUAUAUGUGUACGAGAUUCCCUCUGGUACACUGAGAGGGGAGUUUUCAGGUCAUUUCGGCAUCAUCUAUGACCUGGCCUGGUCCAAGAAGGACACCCACCUGUUGUCAGCAGCCUCCGAUGGAACCGCCAGAGUGUGGCAUCUGAAGAACUUUGGAGGGUCCUCCGAUAAGCUGCUGCCUCACCCCGCCUUCGUGUACAGCGCCCAGUUCCACCCCCGUGUCGACGACAUCGUAGUGACAGGCGGCUAUGACCAGGUGCUGCGAGUGUGGGACAUUCACGGAGACGAACCACAUGGACAUUUGAUGCAGGAGAUUGAGAACCACCAUGGCCACAUCAACAGCCUGUGUUUUGAUGAGGAGGGACAGAAGAUGUACUCCGCUGACAGUUCUGGAGCUGUCUUCAUCUGGAAUGUCUACGUCACGGAGCAGGAAUCUCGCCGAGCAUUCAUUCGAGAAUGGACUGUAUUCCUCGAAAUACGGGAUCCAGAAUUGAAGAAUGUUGCCAUCAACAGUAUUAGUAUGCAUCCAAGUGGGCGUCGACUGCUGCUCCACUGCCGCGACAACAUCCUCCGCAUGCUGGACCUCAGAGUACAACGAAUUAUGCAGAAUUAUAUUGGUGCCUUAAACUUCCGUGAAAAGAUCCGUAGUGCUAUCUCUCCGUGUGGGACGUUUGUGUUUUCCGGCAGUGAAGACAACACAGCAUAUGUGUGGAACACAGAGACAGGGGACCAAGUUGCACGGUACUCGGACCUCAACUACCAGCGACCUGUCACCGACCUGGAUUACCACCCCCGCGACCACAUCCUCGCCAUCUGCUCCCUCGGGGACAACCAACCAGUGCUAGUCUACAACUACGACCCUCAGGCGGCUCACAUAGGAAUGGGUCUCUCUUUCCCCACCAAGGAGCCGGAUGAGACCACCGACAUUGAGGAGAUCAACACAUCGCGCACCACAGGGAGAAAGAGCCCAGUUCAGACCGAGGACCAACUCAACUCUGCCAGGACGCAGGUGUUCUCGAAGGGAGAGUUUGAAGCCCACGAGAAGGCGCGGUACCAUCGGGUCAUGAGGAAGCUGGACAACGCCACACUUCAGAUGGUGGCCACGGGCCCACUGUUCCAGAUGCCCGAGUCUCACCCGUUCGCAGCCGCCCAGGGUAGUCUGCCGACGGCAGGGAUGGGAUCAAUGUUUGAACAGAGCUAUGGCCUCACCCCACGAGCUUCAGUAUUACCGAGCACGUUCUCACCGCAUGCACCGCAGACGAUGUCGACCAUGAUGCAGCACCAACAGUACUCCAACCAGAAUCUCUACCUCAAACAGUCCGAUGGAUGGAGGCCGACAUUCUCAGAGGUUGGCCAGAGAGGGGGCAGCAGGUCGUCCAGCCCAACGUUCUACGGCCGCCCUCAUCAACUCUCUCUCAGCGCUUCCCAGGGCAAGGCUUCCUUCUCCUUCCAGUCGGCCCCUGGCAAGAUCAGUCUACAACACAGGGUAGUGGCUAUGUACGACUACCGAGCCCAGCGCUCGGACGAGCUGACCAUCUACAAGGGCGACAUGAUUGUGGUGCUGUACAAGGACAGUGAGAACUGGUGGAUGGGGGAGCUACCCGAUGGCUCCCAGGGAUACUUCCCCGCCAACUACGUCAUCUCAGAAGAUGCGUAUGAAGGUGAGGAGUUGGAGGAGGUGUCAGCUGGGAGGAAGGAGAGAAAUGGAAAGAAAAAAGAGGUCACAGCAGUCAAGACAAGAGAUGGUGACCUGAGGUUCUUUUCGGCCACAGACGAGUCCGAUACUGAAAACACACCAAGGCACAGUAAACCAAGAAGCAGUACGACGGGAGAUUCCGACACAGGGUCCGAUUCUCGGCCACCGAAAGCACGACGGAGAGUCCGCAUGGAUGAAUCUGUGGCUUAAGACAGUAUGACCAUGAUGACGCAAAACAAAGUUGCAUGAGAGAUGUGUGUGUUUCUCCAGUAUGUUAGACAUACCAAUGUGAAAUGUUACGGAGGCCCUAUAGUGUUUGUUGUCAGCAGGGCUAUGAAAUACUGAGAUGAAGUCCACCACAUUUCAAAGUUCUGUCAGUUUGGGCAGAUGUUCACUUAUCAUGCAGCUGAUGUGAGAUAAUAUUUAUCUGAGAUUAAAACAGCUGACAUGUAAAAACCUUGACUAAACUGUACAAUGUUUAAAUUUCUGUGUUUUUUUUCAAAAUUGCAUAGGAGUCAUAAUUGCAGGAAAGGAUAUGCCCUUAUAUGACUGUUAGCAAUUCUCUUGCAUCAUUGAGCUUUCCAGAAGCCUGUGAUUGUGGGUUCAAAUCAUGGUUCGCUCUGUUACUCGAGGUUUGUCAGUACCAUCCCUGUGCUUGUGGGUUUCACCAAAGUGGUAAAUAUUUGAGCCGUACAUCAUUUUCGUCCCACAUUAAACUGACACUGGAUAUAACUGGAAUACUGUUCAAAGCGGCAUUAAACCCAACUCACUCACUCACUCACUAUAUUACUGUUAACCUAUUCCUCCUGGAAGUAAUGAUUGUGAAGCUUGUUUAUUUAAUCACAGAAUCAAACAAUCUGUGCAUACUAUUUAUUAAAGGGAGCAUUAUUUUCUCAGAUUAAUUAAUUCCUAAGAUAUUGCAUGUUGUCAAGGUGUGCAAAACUAGGUAAUUUGCUGCCAUAUGAUCUUCCACACUGUGUUUCAAUUGGUUCUAUGUUAUUAUUUAUCUGUGAUAAUACCAAAAUGGUUGUGUAUAUAUCUUUGUUUUUGUUAUUGUAUAUGUGUAGAUAGUUAUUUGCUGUUGUGCUGUACAUAGCUUAUCAGGGUGACAAUAAAUAUACCCCAGGCUUUCAUCCAAACUGUUUUCAAGGUGGAGUUGGACAAUGUGGAAGGUUAUUCACUUUCAAGCACAAAGAUGAUAUUUGGCACUGUUAAUGACUUACAAACGUUACAUUUGGAAAAGUAAUUACCUGAGAAAUACUAGUGAUGAUACAGCUUGAAGCUUAAGGCUUAAAAAAUAAAAGAAUUGGUUCUCAGGCAAUGGCUUUUAAAGUAUAGUGUGGGCAGGCGUUUUAUUUUUGGGUUGUUCAAGCUAGUAUGUAACCAAAUUUUGUUUACAAUAAUUUCGGUGAAUCAUGUUCUUCUUAAGUAUAGUAGCAUUUCACUGCCAGUGUUGUGUGUUCGAGACGUUGAAUAAUUAAAGAUUUUUUAUUUUUGAAAAUGGAAAUAUAAACGAAAACAUGGCGGGCUUAAUGAUGAUGUGGGCAGUGCCUGAGAACCAAGACUUUAAUUUUUUCACAGCCUUAUGUUGAGUAUUUUCGUUUUAUAUUUAUCUGACUUAUUGAGCAUGAUACCUGUACACCUCACCCAGUGAUGACCAUCUAUGACAACACCGGCAGGUUGAGCUGCAGGACAUACCUGUGAAGGUAACCCAUCUUAGCUUCUUCAGGCAGCUUGAAUAUGAGUAGGUGGUUGGGUGAACACAGUUUGUUUUGUGUCACUAUCUAACACUACAGAUAAUUGACUGACAUCUCUGCUAUGAGGGGUCACAUGUGGCACAGUUGCUUUGAGGACCCCAUUUCACUUUGCAGAGUUGUGUCCCUUAGGCAUGCCAGAAUCCUAGGAUUGUGGCUUCAAAUCCCAGAUUCGCCCUGAUUAUGAUUUUUGAAUUGUGAGCAUAAUAAUAGUAAGAAGAACAAGAAGACGAAGAAGAACAAGAACAAGAACAAGAAGAAGGAGACCAUUUAAGAUGUGCCAAAAUUCCACUCAAGUGAAUUCUCAUUGUCUACAUUAUUAUUACCCUGGUCAAUGGAUCAGUGUGCACUCAAUUUUCAUUCUCAGCUUCCUGGGGAGUAUACAACUAUACCCCUACUUGUGUGUUUCACCAAAGUGGUUAACAUCUAAGACCUGCAAAUCAUGACAUCACAUUGUUUAUUUAUUUAGCCAUUUACCCCAGUGACUGGGAAUUUGAUGUGUGACUGUCUUUUUGUGUCAGAAUGUAGAACGGAAAUGUGUUUGAUUCUUGAUUCAUACACCUUAAGAAGUAAGUGAGUUAAAAUUUAACGUCACAUCGGCAAUAUUUCAGCCAUAUCGUGACCAUCGCCUUAGAAGAAAGUAUGGAUGAAAUUCUAGGUUUUGUUUUAUUGCAUGCCAAUAGACAGCCUGUAGACAGGUGUUGCAUUUAUGAGCUAGAUGGUAUUGUUAUAACGACAUGACAGGGUGACAAGGUGUGUGUCACCAGCACUAGUUUACCUAGGAGGCAGUCAAGUGUGACCUGUGACAUAGUGAACAGGGCUGCAAGGUGAUGAUGUGGUUUUAUCAACUUAUAGACUAGUUCAGUGGUUGUAUCAAUUGAUAAUUUUAUCUCGAACAAUGAAAUCAAGAUAGCUGUAUGACUAUGAUCACUAAAUACCGGCGAUAUAAGUGUUACGAUUUUGUUAAAUUUCAUCUCGAUUUCUUGUAAAAUGUCCGAACAUGUUACCUGGUUGAUGAUGUUGCAAAGUGUUGUUCAUGAAGAUUAAUGUGGCAUCAUAUGUAGGACAGGAAACAGCACAAGGGGCACUUCUACCUUAUCUUAAAGUGAUUUUAUCACUUAUAAUUUAUCCAAUCUUUUUAGAAAAGAGAAAAAUUGAAAAAUUGUCGAUGUGCCUUAAAAAAGAAUGUUCAAUGGAACAAAUUAUUGUUUUAUGUCGCUGAGGAUAAACAUUUUUUUAUUUUUAAUAUUUAUACUAUACUGGUAAGAUCAAAGUGAUCACAUGAAAGUUGUGGAUCUGGAUUAUUUAUCCAUUUGGCAAGACAUUAUACAUGUUAUAGGGGUCAGUGGGAAAUAAUAAAUGCUAAGUACCGGGUAUGUGUAAAAUAUAGGUAAUAUACUAUCUAUACAUGAACAAGUACUGGUAGUAUUAACUUCUGUUGGAGAAGAGUGUGUUCACUUGCUAGUUUUCAGUCGCCAGCACUGUACAAUACACUUGUUAGUAUUUUAAACGAUCUUGAAUUGUUGGGAUUUGUAAAAUAUCCAUUGAUUUCUACUCCAUCUGAAACACAGAUUAUGGACACAUAACAAUAAUUUAGAGUAUAUUGGAGAAGAUGCGAUUUGUGAAUAUAUAAAUAGAGGACUGUUUUUGCUUCAUUUUGCCAGAUCUACCAGAAACAAACAUAAAGACAUAAACAGCCAAGCCUCCCAAUACAAUAGAAGUGUUUGAUAUCAACCCGCAUCAUAUACAAGUACCCGGUAGUAGUGUUGGGUAUAGCGUGUUUGUUUACAUAUUUGAAACAUGUUUACAACCUUUCACCUUGUGUAAUGGCAUUUUUAGAGGCCUAAAAAAGAGUCCUUAAAUGCUUUGAGCAAUGAUGUAUAUAUACUAAUCAAAAGAAGUUAAAGAACACCCAAUUCUUUCAUAUUACAAUAGUUAAUCUCACAUGCCAAGACAGAUUAACUAUAGUAAUAUGAAAGAAUCGGGUGUUCUUUAACUUCUUUUGAGUAGUAUAUGUUCUGUGGUAAAAUAUUUCUCCUUUGAUUAUUUUAGAAAAAAGAUGGACUCAUUCACUUCCAUAGCAACCUGAAGACGGAUGAGGGGUACUUAAUGCAUCAUGCCGUUGGUUGUUUAUUCUGUGUUGUAUUAUUUUUGUAUUGACAGUUAUGCAUCCACAGUUGAGGCCUUAUACAUUCGUGACUGUUUGAAGUGCCUAAUUAAUGCAUACUGGUAUAAGGGGCACUGGGUUAGCCUUGUGGCUAAGGCAUUCGUUUGUCACGCCAAAGCCCGGGUUCGAUUCCCCUCGUGGGUGCCGUGCAUGAAGCCCAUUUCUGGUGUUCCCCAUCUUGAUAUUGCUGGAAUAUUGCUAAAAGAGGCGUAAAACCAUACUCACUCACUCAUGGUAACGGAACAUAAUAUCAAGUUGAAAGAGAGUGAUAAGCAUAAACACAACAGUGUUGGUGCUGUGCUUUGUCAGCCAAAAUGGAUAUAGGCCUUCACCAACCCAUUCUUGCCAUAAAAGGCGACUAUGCUUGUCUUAAGAGGCGACUAACGGUAUCGGGUGGUAAUUCUCGCUGACUUGCUUGAUGCAUGUCAUGGUAUCCCAAUUGCGUGGAUUGAUGCUCAUGAUUUCAAUCACUGGAUUGUCUGGUCAAGACUUGAUUAUUUACAGACCGCCGUCAUGCAGCUGGAAUAUUGCUGAGUGUGGCUUAAAACAACAAGCAAACAAAUGUAUAAUGUAAUGGCAACAACAAUUUGUGACAGACGAUGACUUCACUUGUGAUUAAAGACAAACCGUCCAGAAACAUUGCCUUAAGAAUUUUUUGCUUAAUCAAAGUUUCCAUUUUGCUACUGAUUUUAUCAUCAUCCUUUGCAUGCUCCUUUGUUUUGUGUAAAGUUGAAGUAUAUGGAUGUUACCAUGGUCACAAUUCCCAUCAGGGGUAUUAUAUCGUGAGAAUAAGGUUAGUAAGAUCAGUUUUAUAUUUGUCAACAGAAACGUAAUCAUAUUUUGUACAAAUAUGGCUUGUUUAAUAAAUACUAUUCUUAUACAUUUAAA